AUGCUUUUGAACCGGGUCAAGCAUUCCAAAGGGGUCAUUCAUGAUUAUAAGUUCACGUUGAAAACUGCCGAGUUCCGGAUGCUUGAAAAGGGAAUUGGCAUCAUGAAGGCUUUGGUAAUAACGGAUAAAAAUGUAGCUUCUGUUCACUUGAAUCGAUUUAUAAAUGCUUUAAUGGUCUAUAUAAAAAAGGGCAAUAUGAAUCCCGUGGAAGCAUUGGGAUUUACCAAAAGGUGUCAUUGGAACUACUGGUCGCAGAAUUUGCAAUGGGGGUAA